UCGCCAUUUGUCAUUGUCAUCUCCAACACCUUGACAAUUUUUGUCACUGCUCCGAGAUAUUAAUAUUUUCAUUUUUCCUUCCAUUUCUUUUCAAAAAUGGUCGUAUUCAAUGUGCUGGGAUGUUUUUGAAAUGAGUAACUUCUCAACAAAGAUCCUUACACCAUAUUAAUCAUUUUUCGGUUGCACAAUUCUUUCUCACUACGAUUUGUUUGUGAUACUUCCUGUGUGAACAGAUCAGCAAUCAUUCGGUGUCCCCUCCCUGAUGUGGAAAUACAAAUCGAAGCAUCUGAAUUGAAGAUAAAAUGAUGGAGUCCCUGUUAAGAUAUUUUUCAAGGAAUUGCUUUAUAAUCAUUGUGAUAGUCACUGUGGUAAUAGCACAAAUACCCCAAAGAUUCACUUCACUUAAUCCAUGCACAUCAAAAGGAAAGUGCCACGAAUGUAUUCAAACACCAUCAUGUGCUUGGUGUUACGAUCCGAACUUUGGCGAUAGCGCUCGUUGUUUUCAACCAUCACAAACCCACUUUAAGGAAUGCCCUGAAGAAUAUGUUUUAAAUCCUGACAAUAUCCUGAGCACAAUACAGGCCUACGAAUUAACAAGGGCACGAAAAGGCAGUUCAGGAGGAGGUGGGAUGAUGGUUGGUGGUUUUGAAGGAAGUUACAAUCACUCAGAACAUUGGUCUGCCAGUGGUUCUACGAGUGGCCAGUUUGAGGGAAGUGCAGGAGGUGGGGCAGCUGGCCAAAUAGUCCAAGUAUCACCACAAAGACUGAAUUUGAAAUUGAGAGCAAGACAAUCAUACAGCAUAUACAUGAACUAUACCCAAGCUGAAGAUUACCCUGUAGACCUUUACUAUCUUAUGGAUCUCAGUAGAUCGAUGAACGACGAUAAAGAGAAAUUAUCUUCUCUCGGCGAUCAAUUGGCAUAUACCAUGAGAAAACUUACUUCGAACUUUCGUCUAGGAUUCGGGAGUUUCGUUGAUAAAGUCGUUAUGCCUUAUGUCAGUACACUUCCAGAAAAUUUAAGACAUCCAUGUACCGAUUGUGAUGCACCUUAUGGUUACAAACAUGCCAUGAGGCUGUCGACUAACACUCAACGAUUUUCACAAAUGGUGAAGGCGGCAAAUGUUUCCGGAAACUUAGAUGCUCCAGAAGGUGGAUUUGAUGCCAUCAUGCAAGCAGUGGUAUGUAGAGAUCAAAUUGGUUGGAGAGAACAAGCUCGACGGUUACUUGUAUUUUCAACUGAUGCUAGUUUUCACUAUGCUGGUGAUGGAAAGCUGGGUGGAAUUGUCAAACCAAACGAUGGUCAGUGUCAUUUAUCGAGAGAGGGAAUUUACACUGAGUCAUCUCAUCAGGACUAUCCAUCAAUUGAGCAAAUUCAUUUGAAUGUAAAAAAAAAUUCAAUCAACGUAAUAUUUGCUGUCACAAAAUCAACACUUGAAAUUUACGAACAUCUUGCUAAAACCAUUGAGGGUGCAUCAGUUGGCCAACUGGAAGGGGACAGUUCCAAUAUCGUAACAUUAAUAAAAGAACAAUAUGAACAAAUAUCUUCAACAGUUGAAAUGAAGCACAAUGCUUCUAGCGCGGUCAGCAUUAAAUUUUUCACUAGAUGUCUGAAUUCUACAGGAGCUUUGGUGAAUACAAACAAAUGUGGCAAUAUAAAGGUAGGAGAUAUAAUCAAUUUCAAAAUCGACAUCGAAGUACUGAAAUGUCCUGAAAAGCGAUCAGAUUAUUUCCAAACCAUUCAGAUCUAUCCUGUUGGAAUUAAUGAAAGUCUGACUAUUGAUUUAGAAAUGCUCUGUGAAUGUAACUGUGAAAAACCGGGCGAUAGGUUUUACCUGGAAAACGCUCCGGCAUGUUCUCAUCAUGGAACAUACAAAUGUGGUGUAUGUGAAUGUUAUCCGGGGGCAUUUGGCAGACACUGUGAAUGUACUUUAGAUGAAAUAUCUCGAAACAUAACUACCACAGACUGUAUUCUUCCUGGUACUUCUGGCCCAGAGUGCUCGGGAAAAGGACAAUGUGUUUGUGGUCGUUGCGAUUGUGAAUCAAGAACGAACGAUAACGAGCGAAUUUAUGGGAGGUAUUGCGAAUGUGACAACUUCUCUUGUGAACGUCAUGAUGGUGAACUCUGUAGCGGACCUAAACAUGGAAUUUGUGACUGUGGUGUAUGCGAUUGUACAGAUGACUGGACUGGUUCAAAUUGUGCUUGCAAAAAAUCCAAUUCAACAUGUUACGUCCCUGGAGUGGACAAUGGGGAAAUAUGUUCAGGUCAUGGAAUAUGUGAAUGCGGGGUGUGCAAAUGUGAGACGACAGAAGAUGGACGCUACUCUGGAAAGUUCUGUGAGAAGUGCCCUACUUGUUCAGAUCGAUGUAUCGAGUUCAAAGAUUGUGUUCAAUGCCAACAAUAUAAGACUGGACCUUUGAAAGAUAAGGCAGAUUGUGCUGCAAAUUGCACCAAGUUUGUUCCCAUACCAGUGGUUGAAGUAAUAGCUAAUGAAGAAAAUGAAAUUCUCUGUGCUUAUUACGAUGAGGAUGAAUGUAGGUUCACAUAUGUUUAUUAUUUUGAUAAUGAAAACAAAAUUCAAGUUCGAGCCCAACAAGAAAGGGAAUGUCCGGAUAAGGUGUAUGUUCCUGGAAUUGUUUUGGGAGUAAUAGCUGCUAUUGUUCUCAUCGGAAUGGCUAUUUUAUUGCUUUGGAAGUUGCUUACAACUAUUCAUGAUAGAAGAGAAUUUGCUAGGUUCGAAAAAGAGAAAAUGAUGGCUAAGUGGGACACGGGCGAAAAUCCUAUAUACAAACAAGCUACAUCAACGUUCAAAAAUCCAACAUAUGCAGGCAAAGGCUAAACACUGAAAUGCUGGGAUCAAUUAUGACUUCUUGUUAAACUGCCACAGUCCUAAUUUAUGUAUGAAAGUAGGAAUUUUUAUGAUGUUUGAUUGAUAUUACACUGACUUGAGUUGUGAGAAUGUUUUUCUAAAUCGAUACUAAUUACUUAAGUGAAGAAAAUGUUUUUGUGUGGUAUCAAUUGAUCAACUAGUGUUCCAUAUUAGUACUAUGUCUGCUUAAUUUUGAUAUAUCCAUACUUUUGGGUAAUUCCUUGAAAAUAAACAUUCUUGUGCCAUAAUCAGUGUCUUAAGAGAGAAAUCAGCAAUCUGUGAACUUUCAAGGGUAGAAUUUUUGUUUUUUAGGCAGUAUAUUUUCUAAAUUUUGUGAAGAAUUCAUACCAGAAAUUUGAUUAUCUAUCGGAUGAUAUUUUCAUUCCUUGAUAAUGAGAACUUUCAUGUUAAAACUUUCAAUGUAAUAGAUUGACAUACUUUUCAAAAUUGGGGAAAUAUAUUGUUAAUACAUCGAUUAAUCCCUAUUAAAAAAUGCCUGAAAUGUUCAAACUGAAAUGUUUGAAUUGCAAUUUAUUAUAUAAGAACAUUCACUUGGGAAUAUACCAUUUUCAUAAGAGUGAAAAAGUGCCUACUUUUUUGAAUUAAGUGUCUUAAUUGAGAACUACUGUAAAAAUGAUGCCUUCUUCACGUCAUUACAAUUAAUCUAUUUAUUUUUCUUUAUCUGUCCUAUUUUUCAAUUCUGACUGAAAAAGGUGACCGGAUAUAACUAUUUAUAUAUAUUUUUUGUUAAUAUACUUCUUGAACAUUAACGGAUUUAACUAGGCAGUAACGAAUAGAUUGUAGGAUUUUAGCCAUUAAUAGUCAUACCUAUAAGACUUUAAAACUGAAUUUAAUACGAAUCUAAUACGCACUAAAGCUUAAUUGCCAAAUCUCAGAUUUACUCGAAAUAUGUUGUCAAUGAUUGUUUUAUUUACAUUGUUCAAAUAGAGUAACAAUAUUUAAAUCUCAUUUUAUUAAUUUACUGUUAAUUGAUUGUUUAGAUUUAUCAAAUUGUAUAAUAAAUGUAUUUGUUUUUAUAACA